GAAGAAAAGUCAAGAAAUGUCUGCCAAUUUAAAAUACCUUUCCUUGGGCAUCCUGGUUUUUCAGACCACAAGUUUAGUCUUGACCAUGCGUUAUUCUCGGACACUGAAAGAAGAAGGACCUCGUUACUUAUCCUCUACUGCAGUAGUUAUUGCUGAACUUCUGAAGAUUCUGGCCUGUGUUCUGUUGGUCUACAAAGACAGCCAGUGCAAUUUACAGACUCUGAACAGAGUGCUACAUGAUGAAAUCCUUAAUAAACCCAUGGAAACUCUUAAACUUGCUAUUCCUUCAGGAAUUUAUACUCUUCAGAAUAACUUGCUGUAUGUAGCAUUGUCAAACCUAGAUGCAGCCACAUACCAGGUUACAUAUCAACUGAAAAUUCUUACCACAGCAUUGUUUUCUGUGUCCAUGUUGAGCAAGAAAUUGGGUGUAUACCAGUGGCUUUCAUUAGUGAUAUUGAUGACAGGAGUGGCAUUGGUGCAGUGGCCUUCAGACUCUCAAGGAACAGCUGCUAAGGAACAUUCAGCAGGAUCUCAGUUUGUAGGCCUGAUUGCAGUUCUUAUAGCAUGCUUUUCUAGUGGAUUUGCUGGGGUUUAUUUUGAGAAAAUUUUAAAGGAAACUAAGCAGUCUGUGUGGAUCAGAAACAUUCAGCUUGGAUUUUUCGGUAGCAUAUUUGGACUGAUGGGUGUAUACAUUUAUGAUGGAGAACAAGUGUCAAAGAAUGGAUUUUUUCAAGGAUACAAUAAACUCACUUGGAUAGUUGUUGUUUUACAGGCACUUGGAGGGCUGGUGAUUGCUGCUGUUAUAAAAUAUGCAGACAACAUUUUAAAGGGAUUUGCAACUUCUCUCUCUAUUAUACUGUCAACGUUGAUCUCCUAUUUCUGGCUGCAAGAUUUUGUCCCUACAAGUGUCUUUUUCUUCGGAGCCGUCCUUGUAAUAGCAGCUACUUUCCUAUACGGUUAUGACCCCAAACCCGCAGGAAAUCCCAUUAAAGCAUAGCAGACUUCCUCAUCAGCCUGCUUCUCAAGACCAUGCACUGGGGGCCUCGCUAACGAUGGUGUGUGGGAAGUGUCAUUGUGCACUGCAAGGGAAGGAUUACUGCCCUGAAUCUGUUGAAGAAAUGCUUAUGAGUAGUUUUGAACAGCCAGAUGGGUUAAAGGUCGUUGAUGAUACUGUCUGUAACUGAAAACAAAACAAAAACUGGCAGGGGAAUGCCCAGUGCAACUUGCUAAUAAAAACUUGAAAGGAACAAAAAGUUUCCAAGAAACUGCAAUUAGGAAUGUUUACAGCUUUGACUGGGAUUGUGUCAAAAGAAUUUACUGUACUGACUGCUGCAGAAAUAUGUCCUAUGCACUCUUUGAAAGAGCACAUGACAACAUUGUCAGAUUGUAUGUUUUUGCAAUUUGACUAUAUUUAAUCUUAGUAAAUAUGUUUUUAACUGUUUGUCUGUUUACCUGAAAUCAGCUGAACACACAUCAUAGUUCUAAAGUGAUGGUUCUAAUUAGAUAUUCCUUAUUAAAACUGUGAA